UAAACUUUGAAGAUACUGACCUUACAACCUAACGGCCAAAAUCCCGUGCACCAAUCACGCGCACUGUCUCUUUAAAUUUGGCACUCACGUUUGUUGGGCACAUCGAAGCAAAGAUCCAGUCCGUUACAAACAUACUCUCUACGAUUCUCAUUCCGUUUUUUCCCAAUCUCCCCCAAAUCCCGAUCUCCCUUCAACUUCCUCUUCCCUUUCUUUUAUCCUUUCAUCUCUCUUCGAGACUUUUCCACCACCGAUCGAAUAGUACCAUUGAUUUCUGCUUUUCGAUUUGUGUUAAUCAUGAAUUUCAAAUCUCUUUGGCGCCGUAGGAAGAAAUCCGCUUCUUCUGCCGGUGCCUCCGUCGCAUCAUCAGCUAUCAGCGCCAACUCGUUACCGUCUCGCUCCCCGUCUCUGAAUGGCAAGGCCCAGAUCGCGGAGCUGGAGCAAAUUUUUAAGAAGCUAGACGUCAACGGUGACGGCAAGAUCUCGUCCUCCGAGCUCGGAUCCAUGAUGAACAGCCUGGGACAAACGGCCACCGAGGAGGAGCUUCAGAAAAUGAUCCGAGAGGUAGACGCCGACGGCGACGGCUUCAUCGAUUUCCAGGAGUUCGUCGAGCUGAAUACAGAGGGCGUCGAUUCGGAGGAGGUGUUGGAGAAUCUGAAGGACGCGUUCUCGGUCUACGAUAUCGACGGGAACGGGUUGAUAUCGGCGGAAGAGCUCUAUAAGGUCAUGAAGAGCCUGAAUGACGAGUGCUCGCUUGCCGAGUGCAGGAAGAUGAUCAGCGGGGUCGAUCGCAACGGCGAUGGAAUGAUCAGUUUCGAUGAGUUUAAGGCCAUGAUGAUGAACGGUUCGCGCAUGGAUUUGAUGGACAGAUGAUCAUCAUCCUCAACAUUCGCACAUCCGAUCCACGAAUGAUCCAUCCUUUGAUUGACCGGACGUAAGUAGUCGGAUUUGUUUGCUUUUCAUUUUCUACUAGCUAGGCAGAAGGGUAUAAAAUUAAUUCCACUACGCACUUGAUGGUGAAGAUUUGUGAAUA